UGAAGUUUUUUUCUACGGAGCUUUUCAAUAUAAAGUGUGAUCUCUAGUCUCUAUUUUCAUUUUAGCCACGCAGAUAAAAUGAAGAGAGCCCAGUAAAGUUACAGAAGACAGCAGCAUAAAGAGAGGCAACAGGACUUCCGCGUCAAGAGCCCAGUAAAGUUACAGAAGACAGCAGCAUAAAGAGAGGCAACAGGAUGUCCCCGUCAAGAAAGGAGCUCCAGAAGGCCUUGUUGCGCUACACUGCAGACACCCUCAUCCACAUCCACACGGUGAGAGGAUUCUGUGAGAGGGUCCCUGAAUGGAUGCUAGGGAGGGAGUCAGAGUUAAACAUGAUGAUGGACAUCAAGGACAGGGCUGACGGCAUCGACCUAAACAUCAGCCAUGUUAGCCAGUCAGAGAAAAAAGGAAAAGCCUUUCUUGAGUACAUGAAGAGCAAGGUGACACAGGUGACCGCAAAGAGCAGGUUGGAAGAGCUGGAGAAGGAGCUGGCUGCUGUGCUGAAGGACACUCUGAUGGAACUGGAGAAGCUCCACUGUUUCCUGGAUGCGGUAGAGAAGCUGGCAGUCACCUCACUUCAUGUGUUCGUGGAGGGGAGGCAGGUGGUGUUACACCUGCCAGAGGGGGUCGGCCUCGAUCAUGUUCAGGUUGUGAUCGCUGCUGCACGGCUGGUCUGCCAUCUGCUCGUUGAGUUUAAAAGAGAUGCAAGGGUCUUCUUCCAGCCCAAACUGCAGAAUGUGGAAGUGCUGGCGUAUCAGCUGGACAAAUACAUCCAGACCACCCAGAGGAUCUGUGGACUGUUGGAGAAAAGCACUUUCAGUGACUUCGACCUGAACAUGAUCAAGAAAUCUGCAGUAGACCUGAAUUUGGAUUUAUCAGAAGACGACAUGGAGAGGAUGCUCUAUCACAUCAAUCAGAUGGAUGACAUCAGGAUGAACCAGCACUUCUCUUUGGUGUACUUGUUUCAUGACUGCUCUGGCUUCCUCGACGAGUUCAGAGAUUGUCUACCUCGCCUGCUGCAGUCUCUAGAUGGACUGGAGGAGAUUGCUGUUCAGCUCGACUCCAUGAAUAAGGGGGCAAAGAUCUCCAGUGUGGUGGGCAGCUCAGUGGGGGCGAUUGGAGGCGUGCUUUCCAUCAUUGGUUUAGCAUUGAUUCCUGUAACAGCUGGAGUGUCUCUGGCUCUUACCAUGACUGGGAUAGGGCUUAGUGUCACCAGCGGGGUCAAUGGCGUUGUCACUACGGCGACAGAGUUAGGAGUAAACAGUACACAACAAAAGAAAGCCGCUGAGGUCUUCGAGGGGCUCAUGAAGGAUUUGCAGAUUCUCCAGGAUUGUCUGAAGAAAGUCAGCGAUCAAACUGACGCCAGAAUGGAAGCAAAUCAGAUAGAUGUAGCCUUUGGAGUGGGCAAGGUGCUUGUCAACGGUGGUGUCAUUGUAAGAGGUGUUGAUGCACUUGUUGAUGCUGGUCAAGCUUUACGGAACGUGCCAAAGGUGGCCACAGACAUCCCAGAUAUCGGACAGGCAGCAAUCAAAGGGCCUCUUGCCUUCUCCCAGUCCGUCAGAGCCGGUCUCAUCGGGCUGAAUGCUCUUUUUCUCGGCAUGGAUGUCUUCUUCAUCUGUAAAGACAGCAUCAGUCUGUCCAAAGGCAGCGAGACCGAGGCCUCACAGUUCAUCAGAGCCAGAGCGGCACUGUGGCGCUCAGAGAUCGACGCCUGGCAGAAAAUCCACGACUCCCUGAUAGAAGGUCUGCAGAAAUCAGAGAAAAACAAAGCUAUCCUGGAAACGCCAUUUCAUCCAGAGUUGGAGAGUGAGCUGAAGAUGGAGACGAAGAAACAAAAACAAACCAAAAUGGAAAUUCCCCCUGAUGAAGAGAAGGAAAACAUGGAAAAGGAAGGAAAAAAUUGUGUAAUACAGUAGUCUUCAGGUAUGAUUGGCCUUUUUUCUUUUUUUUUAGCAACUUGAGCAAUAAGAUUUGAUAUUAAUUUAAUGUAUGAUCCAACAAAGAAAUGAUAAUUGCACUUUGCUUAAAGAUUACUGUUCAGGAUCAAACAUUGUUAAACUGAAGACUUGAUGAAUGUAUGUAAUUAUUAUGACAUUAAGCAACUUUCGGUGCCACUUUUAUUCUCGGGAAUGAUGUAUUUUCUUUUAACCUUUUGCUGAGCCAGAUUCAUUUUCAAAUUGAAUUUGUUUUUGGAAGGCAUCUUGCAACCCCCCUCACAGUGUACCCCUCCGUGUUUCCCGACCCCCUCUUUGUGAACCCCUGGUAUAAGCCGCAAUUCAUCUUUGAAAAAGCAAUUGAUGUGUGGAAAAAAAGUUGGUUGAUAUUGCAGACUACUUUUUAAUAUGACUAACAAUUACUAUGACAUUCGGUGGUGGAGAAAAAAAAAACAAAAAAACAUUCAAAUUGACAUAACUUAAUACAUUUAUGAGAACAGAGGCCGCUCAUGCAGCAUCUUCUCCUUGGAUAGGAGGGAGACUGUUAGUGUCAACAUGGUCAUCCGCUUGUAAAUCUAAAAGGAAUAAACUCUCUUUUUUUAGACCAGGAAAGGAGAAAGACUCUUGUGACAGGUGCAGGGAAACUCGUGUGAGUCUGUCUGCACAUGCUCAUGAAUAUGUAUUUAAACUUAUUCUCACACACACACACACACACAUCAUUGAAAGUACAACAGCAGAAGAAAUUGUGGGCGGGUUCUGAAACCCACUGGAACGCCUUCAUUCUCUUCUUAGAGGAAUAAAUACCACUACAUGCAACAGAAAGACUUUUUUACUCGUUUUGAUCAUUUUGGUGUAGCUCCGAGAAAGACCUGGGGCAGUCUGUGGAUCUCAGCUGAGGAUGCCCAUCUUUCUAUGAAGACUAGACAGUUGUCUGUAGGAGAAAUCAAUACAGUUGAAUUGUCUCUCCAAAGGGAACUUGAAUAAAUGGGCCCUUAGCGCUUAAAUGUGUGGGCUCAUUAAAGGUGAAGUUAUACUCAUAAUUGAUAUCUUGUGAUCAUAUAGCCAUUUCAUGUUUUUGUAAACCUAAUUUUUGAAUAAAAAAAGAAUUCCUUAGAACUCCA